AUGUUAAACGUGGAUCUCUGUUACCCCAUUGUGAUACCCACAGACCCGAUAUUGUUUUGUAAUCGGGUACCAAUCGGGGAUCGGGCUGGGGAUGGGUUCAGUUUUCAUAUUCGGGGAUGGGAACAGAAUUACCAAAACCCGUCCCAAACCCGCGCCAUUGCAAAGAACACUAAAUUUAUAGUACAAAAUCAUAACUUUCAAUCGGUUUUGAUUACGAAGUCAGCUUUAGAGUGUGCUGUUGAAGGAGCCCCACAAAAACGUUGUAUCCUUUCGCCAUUGGUUGCUUUACUUAGAGUCGUGUACUUUUGGUGGUUUUCUGCUAAUGUCGUCUUCUUCUUGAUUCAAGGAUUAGUGGUGAAAGCUUAUACAUUCAAUUAUUGCGGGCCAUGGUCCCGUUGUCCAGGGAAAUAUAUCGAAUGCCCUUCUGAAUGCCCUGAAAGCCACUCUUACAUCCCUCGCGCUAGAGUUUGUCGCAUUGACUGUGAGGACCCUAAAUGUCAAUCUAUAUGCGUACGGAAAUAUACACCGGACUGUGGCGGCCCCGGAUCUGCAUGCGGUGACCCACGAUUCAUCGGAGGAGACAACAUCGUGUUCUACUUUCAUGGCAAGGUCAACGAGCAUUUCAGCUUGGUGUCCGAUUCUAACCUUCAAAUCAACGGACGAUUCAUCGGACAUCAACCCACUGGUAGAUCCAGGCCCUUCACCUGGAUCCAAGCCUUGGGUCUCCUCUACAAUUCCCACAGUUUCUCCCUAGAAGCGAUUAAAUCCGCCACCUGGGACGGCGGAAUCGACCACCUAAAAUUCUCCUACGAUGGAGAAGAUGUUUCGUUAGCUCUUGGUGGUUUUUCGUCAUGGAAGUCGUCGGAGGGUGAGAUCGAAGUGGAGAGGACAUCUGCCGUGAACAGUGUGAUUGUUACCAUACCUGGAGUGGUUGAGAUUUUGGCGAAUGUGGUGCCGGUAACAGCCGAAGACGACAGAAUCCAUGGCUACAAAGUGCCUUCUGAUGACUGCUUUGCUCACUUAGAGGUUCAAUUUAAGUUUAGCAGACUUUCCGACGGAGUGGAAGGGGUGUUGGGUAGGACAUAUCAGCUGGAUUUCAAGAAUCCGGCGAAGCCAGGGGUGGCUUUGGCGGUUGUAGGAGGAGAGGACAAGUAUAGAACCACCUCUUUGUUGUCGUCCGAUUGCGCAGAGUGCAUCUACAAUUCGAAAAAUGAGAAGCAAAUGAUCAAGGAGCAUGGAACAUUAGAUUGUUCUACCAAGGGAUUGUUCCGUGGAAAUGGAAUUGUUUGCAAGAAAUGAGGGGUGGCGAUCUUCAAAGUAUUAUAAUGAUCAUAUAUUCUGGAAAUAAAUUCACUAUAAAACGAUUACUAAACAAGAUAUAUAAUGACAUCCACAACGCAUUGAACUCUAUAGAGUUCAAUAGAUUGCCACAUCAUCAUUCAUUAUUCCAUACAACUCUAUUCAUUUUUA